UUGCUAUCGACUCAGCAUGCUGCGUUCCUUGCACAGAAACGUAGCCCCUCGAAAAAAGACAUAGUAUUUCAAAUAGCUCAAAUCAUUUCAAAUGUGAACACACAUUAAAUUUUAAAUGAGACUUCUGCUUUGGCGAUAAAUGCGAAUUUGAAUGAAAUACCAACUAAUAGGAAAUAACAGUUGGAAAGAACGCAGCCGACAUACGAACUCAACGAGAGCCAAGCAAGCAACACUAAUCGCAAUCGCAUGCGACGUCUGGGGGCCCUAACCGCAUUGGCGAAAAAAUUCCGCACAACAGCAACAGCAGCAACACACAAAAAUCGAAAGUACACACACGCGCGCGCAACAGAGGCGGCGGCCAAGCCAAGGAGGAGCAGCAGCAGGCAGCAUAAAACGAUUCGGCAUUAAUUUAUUUAUUUUUGCUUUGAAUACCGGCAAACCGGGUGAAGAUCGAGGGAAUUAAGAAGCAAACUCGUGGAGGAUGGCCCAGCAUGGGGUUACGGAGGCUCUAGCCGCAGAGCUGGCGAAAGCCGUGGACCUGAUAAUGCAUCCAAUGACCGUACACCAGGCACGGCUCGAAGCUUAUAUGGCCUGCGAGCGUUUCAAGGAGGAGUCACCUCUGUGCGCCCAGGUGGGACUCUAUUUGGCCAGCUCGGCUCAGUUCAAUCAGGAGGUGCGGCACUUCGGCCUACAGCUAAUCGAGUACACAAUCAAAUUCAAAUGGAAUUGCAUAACACACGAGGAGAAAGUGUACAUUAAGGAUAAUGCCAUCAAGAUGCUAAAUUUGGGUGUUGGCCCAGCCGAGGAUCGCACGCUGUUGCAUUUAAAGGACGCUCUCUCGCGCAUCAUUGUCGAGAUGAUCAAGCGUGAAUGGCCCCAACAGUGGUCAGAUCUGUUGCCCGAACUGUCGCAGGCUUGCACCAAUGGUGAGGCUCAAACGGAGCUAGUUUUGUUGGUCUUCUUGCGCUUGGUUGAGGACGUGGCGCUGCUCCAGACAAUCGAAUCGAAUCAGCGACGCAAGGACAUGUAUCAGGCACUCAACAACAACAUGAAUGAUAUAUUUGAGUUCUUUCUGCGUCUGAUCGAACAGCAUGUGACCGCAUUCCGGGAAACAACCCGUUUGGGCAACUAUCACAAGGCGAAUGCCCACAGCCGAGUCGUUGAGACGGUGCUGCUGACGCUGAGCGGCUUUGUGGAGUGGGUCAGCAUCAAUCACAUCAUGUCGAGCAACGGAAAACUGAUGCAUUUCCUUUGCAUACUCCUGAAUGAUAAAGCAUUCCAAUGCAAUGCUGCCGAAUGUCUCGCACAAAUCACAAAUCGUAAGGGCCAGACAAAGGAGCGCAAACCCCUGCUCCAGCUGUAUGGCGAGGAGCCCUUACGGUACAUCUACACGGCCACCCAAAUGCAGGUGGACACCAGCAGUGCACAGGCCAUCGAACAGCACCAUAAUUUCCUCAAGAAACUCAUUCAAGUGCUGAACGGCAUGGUGCAACAAUUGGUUGCGCUGUGGGGCAAGGACGAGGGCACCCAGCGACCGGCACAAUUGAAUGUAAUGUUUGAAUGUCUGCUACUGCUCGCCCAGCAUCCAUCGCUGACUGUGGCACAUGGAGCCACCCUGAUUUGGCAGCUGCUGCUGAAGCACGACGGCUGCUCCAAGGACUACCUGAUGGUCAACUACAUUCCCAAGCUAAUACAAACCAUUGCGCCGCGCAUUGUCAAGAUAUCGUAUCCAAGCCAACAAUCGGAUGGAGUCACCCAAGUCCUGCUGCCCAACAGCACUGAGGCCUACAUACGCAUGGAGUACGACAGCGAGGAGGAAUUUGCCAUAUACUUCUUUCGCUGUCGCACCGACUUCCUCGAGAUCUUUCGGCAGGCAACGCUGGUGCAGCCAUUGAUAACGUACGGCUAUUGCGAGCAGUGGCUGCAGAUGCGACUGCGCAACGCUCACACGGAACAGGAAAUGUCGAACAUGAGUUGCAGUGUACUCGAUCCCAUUUACUUGGAGUGGGAUGCGUUGGUCUGUGUCCUGGAUGGUGUACUUAGUCGCAUUUUGAUGGUGUCCGAGCGGCCAGCUGUCGCGGGCGGCCUUCGUUUGCUGGAGGAGUGCCUCAAGCUGGAAACAUCAAAUCCAUUAAUCUAUUCCAUUUUAUUAUCUUGCAUAUCAGCGCUGUUUGUGUUCCUCAGCAUGUCCUCGUGCCAACUGACGCCCAACAAUUGUGUGGCCAUGAGUGGUGUGACGCUCCUGCCCCGUGUCCUGGACAAGAUCUUCCGCGCAUUGGUUCUGAAGCCACCCAAUGAGCUAGAGAAGGUGCAACAGAAGUCCGCUAAGAAUUUGCGUCGACAUGCUGCCUCGUUGCUGGUCAAACUGGCACACAAGUAUCCACUGCUCUUGCUGCCCGUUUUCGAGCAGAUCAACAAUCACGUGGAGUGCCUGCUUAAGGAGCCGUCGUCGCCUCAUCUGUGCCGAAUGAUGCGCACCACGCUGCAGGAGGCGCUCAUCCUAAUCUCGAAUCAUUUCUGUGACUUUGAGCGUCAGACGCUCUUCAUCGAGCACAUCAUCCAGCAGAAGCGCUCGGAGUGGCUCAGCUUUGGCGAUGUAUUCAAAUCCCCGCUGGAGUUCAUGCGUUUCGUUGGAUUGGACAAGCCGCCCGUCUACGAUAUUGACCGUGAUCCCUCCGUUGUGCAACGUUCGCGGAUUCUGGAUGCUCUGCAUGUGGUCCUGGGUGUCGUUAAACGGUGCACCUGGCCCGAUGAUCCGGAUCGCGCCCAGCGCGGUGGCUUUGUCAUUGGCUGCACAGAUCUGGGCAAUCCCAUCUGCAGGAAUCCGGCAACGAAGCAUGUGGUGCCGCUGCUCUCGCACGUGCUUAGCCUGAUGCGUGUUCUGAAUGAGCUCUUCCGGCCGGAGGCAUUGGCUGCUCUCUCCGAGGGCUAUCGCAAUAUUCACGGCAUGCUGGAGCAUGAGAAGAAGCUGCUGAUGGGCAUAUGCGCCAUACCCGCUGAUCCCCUGGACCCGACCAUCAAAUCGGAACCAACCGCCUUCGAGAAGAUGCAAACCUUCAUGACUGUGGUCAGCGAGGGCUGCUAUCAUUUGAUGGGUUCGGCGGGUCCGUCUCUCGGACGUGAUCUCUACCAGCUGGUGGGUUUGUCCGAUGCCAUAAUCAGCAAUGUGUUCAGCUGCUUGGACAUCAUACCCGAUUAUCGUAUGCGACCCAUAAUCCGAGUAUUCUUUAAGCCAUUCGUCUACUCGUGCCCGCCCAGCUUCUAUGAGUCGGUGCUGGUGCCGCUCUUCGCUCAUCUGACUCCGCUCAUGUGCGAGCGGCUGACACGUCGCUGGAUCUACAUCUCGUCACUGUACGAGUCGGGGCAGCUGAAUGGCGAGGUGAACGACACACAGGAGGUGCUCGAGGAUCAGCUGAAUCGGACACUCACACGCGAAUAUCUCGAUGUGCUAAAGAUCGCCUUGGUGGGCGGUCAAAUCGGUGCGGAUCAUGUGAAUGCGGCUGGUGGUGCCAACGUGGUGGCAAUGGAGAACGAGGAGCACUCCAUGGACAGUGUACCACAGUCGCGUGCCUCGCAAUCCGCCCUGCUCUCGGACACCAUCAGCGAUCUGGGUGGCCAGCUGCUGCGCAAUGGCAUGAUCGGCAACUACAUCCUGAUGACACUGCUGAAGGCGAUCGCCUGGAACGAUGGCAUGUGCAGCAUGAAGGCUGUGAAUAUAGCGGCGCCCGUCAUGCGCUUUCUCGCCGCCGAGCAGCUGAUGGAUGAGAAUAAGGCCGUGAGUGCCUUUACAGCGGUGCUGCAGGGCAUGCAGGUGCAUGGCCAGCAUGAGGCGAAUCAAUCCGGAUUGAUAACACUCGGCGUUCAGUUCUAUGAACUGCUGCGUCCGAAAUUCCCAGUGCUCAGCGAAGUUUUGCAGCACAUUCCAAGCGUCAAUGCGGCGGAUGUGCAAAAGUUCGAUGAAAAGGUCGCGGUGGCUCCCGUCAAGGGCAACAAGGUGGAUCGCGCCAAAAAGGACAUAUUCAAGAAGCUGACCGCCCAGCUAGUGGGACGCAGCGUCAAUCAAUUGUUCCGGCACGAGGUGCAAAUCGCCAACUUGCCACCGAUGCAGUCAAAUCAAAAGCAAAUCAACUCAACCAGCGUCGACAUCAUGGACAGCAAUCAGAAUGCCAAUCUGAGCAAGCUGUUCCACACCGAAAAGUGACAGGCGGCGACGACGACGACGACGACUCGAUGCCGAUGCCGAUAAUAAUGAUCGACGGAUCGAUAAUCGAUAAUCGAUGUUGCCCAUGCCGUCCCGCCGCGGCGACGACUGAAAGUAAAUUAAUUGUAAACUAGUUAGGCAGCAUUAGCUGCAGCAG